AAAAGUCAACAACAACAACAACAAUAAACUAAAAUAAUAACUAAGAGAAAACGUUAAGACUGGGCCUUGGAGGUGCCAAGUAUCAAUUUCACCAUAGUCUGCUUAAGCAAUGACUGAUGGAGACUUGGGAAGAGAGAUGGUAAGAAAUGUAGGGCCUGGAUCCCAAGAGUUGCUGCAUAUCUGCCCAUGCGUGGGUGUCAUAUGGAGAGUGAGCUUGAUGUGCCAGGGUGUUCAGUAUUGUUGAGCCCAAAACCGUUAGAGAAAGAGGCGAGGGACCCUAAGCCUGUUCUAGAACCAGAGUUGAUGGUUUCCUACGUGGGAAGGACCCCAGUGCAAGAGUAUAGAUAGGUCCCGCCACAUCCUCCAAGGUAUCUUGGAGAGACAGGAUGGCUGGCUCUGAUGAAUCCGGUCCAGACUACCUGCUUUCCACAUAGGUUUCCGGAAGCACAAACUAGCCCGGAUCAGGGGAAACACCAGCCGCUGCUCAGCCUUUUUAUGCCAGUCACUUCGCUCGUUUCUCUCGAAUUGAAGCAUUUCUCCCUCUGCCAAUUUCCUAGAAUGCAGAAUUCAAGCCGGGCGGGGCGUGGCUGGGCUGGAAGCUCUGGGGCGGGAUUCCGGAUAGCCCCUACAUGCAAAUCCCGGGGCUCAGCGCACAGCGGAGCGCGCGUUCAGCUGGAGCACCAUGGGGAACAGCAGUGCUACUGACGACGGUGGGCUGUUGGCCGGGCGUGGGCCAGAGCCUCUGGGGACUGGCGCCGGGCUUGGGGCCGGGGGCGCGGCGGCGCUAGUGGGGGGCGUGUUGCUCAUCGGCGUGGUGUUGGCGGGGAACUCGCUGGUGUGCGUGAGCGUGGCCUCCGAGCGCACCCUGCAGACACCCACCAACUACUUCAUCGUGAGCCUGGCGGCUGCCGACCUCCUCCUCGCAGUGCUGGUGCUGCCUCUCUUUGUCUACUCCGAGGUCCAGGGUGGCGUGUGGCUGCUGAGCCCCCGCCUCUGUGACACCCUCAUGGCCAUGGACGUGAUGCUGUGCACUGCCUCCAUCUUCAACCUGUGCGCCAUCAGCGUGGACAGGUUCGUGGCCGUGACCGUGCCGUUGCGCUACAACCAGCAGGGUCAGUGCCAGCUGCUGCUCAUCGCCGCCACGUGGCUGCUGUCUGCCGCGGUGGCUGCGCCCGUGCUGUGCGGCCUCAAUGAUGUGCCCGGCCGCGAUCCAGCCGUGUGCUGCCUGGAGGACCGCGACUACGUGGUCUACUCGUCCAUUUGCUCCUUCUUCCUGCCCUGUCCGCUCAUGCUACUGCUUUACUGGGCCACUUUCCGCGGCCUGCGGCGCUGGGAGGCAGCCCGGCACACCAAGCUUCACAGCCGUGCGCCGCGCCGACCCAGCGGCCCCGGCCCCCCGGUGUCAGACCCUACUCAGGGCCCCUUCUUCCCAGACUGUCCACCUCCUUCACCCAGCCUCCGGACGAGCCCCAGCGACUCCAGCAGGCCGGAGUUAGACCUCUCUCAGAGACCCUGCAGCCCCGAGUGUCUGCACCCCGAGGUAGCGCUCCCGCAGCCGCCUGCGCUGCCGUCUUCCGGCAGUACGAGAAGUGCCAAGAUCACUGGAAGGGAGCGCAAGGCAAUGAGAGUCCUGCCGGUGGUAGUCGGGGCCUUCCUGAUGUGUUGGACGCCUUUCUUCGUGGUGCACAUCACGCGGGCGCUGUGUCCGGCUUGUUUCGUGUCCCCACGCCUGGUCAGUGCCGUCACCUGGCUAGGCUAUGUCAACAGCGCCCUGAACCCCGUCAUCUACACCAUCUUCAACGCCGAGUUUCGAAGUGUCUUCCGCAAGACUCUCCAUCUCCCCUGCUGAAAGGACCACUAGUGUCUUGAGGUCAAGGAGGUCCAAGCCUGUGUGCUGAGUGCGCCUGCGCGUAUUCUUUCCAUCUGAUUAAACGAAAUCUUUUUUAACCAUU